GUGACAGGCAGUCGGACAAACAAGGAAGUGAUUGUAGACGGAACUUAGUCCGUCUCUUGACUUCCUGUCUCAGGGACCAGAAUGGCGGCUGCUCUCCUGUGUUUCCUCCUGGCCGGUCCUGUGCUGCUGGUCGCUGCCGGACCAGUUCAUCACUCCAACAAUGGGACCGUACCACUGGUGAUCUGGCAUGGGAUGGGUGACAGCUGCUGUAACCCUCUGAGCAUGGGAUCCAUAAAGAAGAUGGUCGAGGAGGAGAUCGCCGGCAUUUACGUGAUCUCACUGAUGAUCGGGAAAAACGUCAUCGAGGACACAGAAAAUGGUUUCUUCAUGGAUGUGAACAAGCAGGUGUCCAUGGUGUGCAGUCAGCUUGCUCAGAACCCCGAGCUGAAGGGAGGAUACAAUGCUAUGGGCUUCUCCCAGGGGGGGCAAUUUCUGAGAGCCGUGGCUCAGCGCUGCCCGUCUCCACCAAUGAAAAACCUGAUCUCCGUCGGUGGUCAGCAUCAAGGCGUGUACGGGCUGCCCAGGUGUCCCGGAGAGAGCUCUCAUAUCUGUGACUGGAUCCGCAAAGCACUGAACAGCGGAGCUUACUCCGACCUGGUUCAGAAGCACCUGGUGCAGGCGCAGUACUGGCACGACCCGCUGAAUGACGACCUGUACAAGAAGCACAGCCUGUUCCUGGCCGACAUCAAUCAGGAGAGGGUUGUAAACGAGACGUACAAGAAGAACCUUCAGCUGCUGGACAAGUUGGUCAUGGUGAAGUUCCUGCAGGACAGUGUGGUGGAUCCUGUUGAUACUGAGUGGUUUGGUUUCUUGAAGACCGGCCAGGCCAAAGAGACGGAGACUCUACAGGAGAGCGUCCUCUACACGGAGGAUCGUUUGGGGCUGGCCGCGAUGGACAAGGCCGGGAAGCUGGUUUUUCUGGCAUCCAAGGGCGACCACCUCCAGUUCACCAGAGAAUGGUUCACCGAAAACCUGCUGCCUUUCCUGCACUGAAAACAUCCAACUUUAAAUUCUCAUGGACUCCAGUUGAAGUCAAAUAUAAUAUCAGACUUUAAUAUACUGCAAGUUAAGAGUUAAGAAGCUCUGCAGCCAGACCAGGGAUGGUUUCUUCAUUUUGCACUGAUCACUCGUAGCAUGGUGUCAUUUUCUGUUCAACUUUUAGCAGCUAAUGUGUGUUCGAUGCUGUAACUCUAACACCAGACUCUGAAUCCUUAUUUCCACUGUGAGCUCAAAUUGUCAGAAAUAGAAAACUCUUGAGUUUGUUUAAUGUUAUUAAAAUCUUGUUUUAACAGCCUAUUAAUAUCCAUAAUAUCACAUGAUGCAUCUGUACAUCCAAUAAAGAACGAGACCAAAACACA